CUCUCUCAACGCGGAUGUUUGUCCAGCCUAUAUAGCAGAGGACAGCUCAGGAAACCAGGGCGGAGAACUGGAAGAGCAGCAGCGCAUCUUCUUAACACCCAACAUCUGUCUACGGUCUAUAUCAGGUCCUCAUCAUCACGAUGGCACACAAAGAGUUUGAGACUGCAGGGAAGAAGCCUGGCCUGCAGGUGUGGCGGGUGGAGAACAUGGAUCUGAAACCUGUUCCCCUUGCACUCUAUGGAGACUUCUUCACCGGAGAUGCUUACAUCUUGCUUUACACCACCAAGGCUCCCUCAUACAAUGUUCAUUCAUGGAUUGGCGAUGAAGCUUCCCAGGAUGAGAGUGGGGCAGCUGCCAUUUUCAUAACUCAGCUGGAUGACCACCUGAAAGGAGCUGCAAUCCAGUACAAUGAAUUUCAAAACCAAGAGUCAACCACCUUCCUGGGCUACUUCAAGUCUGGCAUCAAAUACAAGAAAGGCGGAGUUGCCUCAGGCUUUAAACAUGUGGUAACCAAUGAUGUAGAUGUCAAACGCCUGCUGCACUUGAAAGGUCGUCGACCAGUCAGAGCAACUGAGGAGGAUCUGUCCUGGCAAAGCUUUAACAAAGGAGACUCCUUCAUCAUUGAUCUGGGAAAGAACAUUUACUGCUGGUUUGGCAGUGAAGCAAAUCACUUUGAGAAGCUCAAAACCACUCAGAUGGCCCGAGAUAUUCGUGAUAAUGAGCGAAAUGGCCGCGGUGAAGUCCAUACAAUUGAUGAAGGUAAAGAGCCAGAAGCUGUGACAAAGGUACUUGGACCCAAGCCUGAUCUUGCACCAGGAGGCAGUGAUACAGAUGUUGAAAAGACAAACAGGAACAAGGCGUCACUUUAUCUGAUUUCUGAUGCUGCUGGUGCCAUGAAGACAUCUUUGGUGGCUGAUAAAAACCCAUUCAAACAAGAUAUGCUCAACCAGAAUGAUUGCUACAUCUUGGACAAUGGAUUGAAUAAUAAUAUAUUUGUCUGGAAAGGACAGAAAGCAAGCAAAGAGGAGCGCAAAGCAGCGAAGGCUGCUGCUGACAAGUUUAUCGCAGACAAAAAUUACUCCAGUAAAACUCAGGUCCUGAUAGUGCCAGCAGGGAGUGAGCCCACCAUGUUUAAGCAGUUCUUCUUCAAAUGGUUUGAAGGGAAUAUCACAGGCCCAGGGCAGACCCACACAGUUGGUCGUAUUGCCAAGGUGGAGCAGAUUCCCUUCGACCCAUCCAAUCUCCACAACAACCCCGCCAUGGCUGCCCAGUAUGGCGUGGUUGAUGAUGGCUCUGGGAAAGUUCAGAUUUGGCGUGUGGAAGGAGGCGAUAAGGUAGCAGUGGACAAAUCCACCUAUGGACAGUUCUUUGGAGGUGACUGUUACUUGGUGCUGUACUCUUACAACAGUGGAAGCAGAGAGAAGCACAUCAUUUACACCUGGCAAGGGCAGAAAUGCACUCAGGAUGAACUGACUGCUUCGGCCUUCCUCACCGUCAAGCUGGAUGAUUCCAUGAAUGGAGUAGCAACACAGGUUCGGGUCACUCAAGGUAAAGAACCCCCCCAUCUUGUGAGCUUGUUUAAGGACAAGCCCAUGGUCAUCCAUCAGGGUGGGACAUCCCGCAAGUGUGGCGAGACUAAGCCAAGCAGCACACGGCUCUUUCAUAUCCGCAAGAGCGGCAACAAUACCACACGAGCUGUUGAGGUGGAGCCCACUGCAUCCUCUCUGAACACCAAUGAUGUGUUUGUGCUGAAGACUCCUGAUUGCCUUUUCCUGUGGAAGGGAAAGGGUGCAAGUUCAGAUGAGAUGGCUGCAGCUAACUAUGUUGCCAGCCUCCUUGGAGGAACUGCUACUGGGGUGGAGGAGACACAGGAGCCAGCUGUUUUCUGGGCUGCUCUGGGUGGUAAGAAAGAAUACCAGACGUCCAAGGCCCUUCAGGGAGUGGUCCGACAACCACGACUGUUUGGAUGUUCAAACAAAACUGGCAGGCUAACAGUUGAGGAAGUUCCCGGGGACUUCUCACAGAUCGAUCUGGCCACUGAUGAUGUCAUGAUUCUGGACACAUGGGAUCAGAUCUUUGUUUGGAUUGGAAACGAAGCAAAUGAAACGGAGAAACUUGAAUCACCUAAGAUGGCCAAACAAUAUGUGGAUUCAGACCCCUCUGGCCGCCGUGGUACCCCGAUCACCAUCCUUAAGCAGGGGGAAGAGAUCCCGUCCUUCACCGGAUGGUUCCAAGCUUGGGACCCAAAGAUGUGGUCCCAAAAUCUUUAUGCCCAGUAGAAUUAAAUUGGAAUAAACGCAUAUUUUAAGCAUCUCUGAAAAAUCUGGAUAGUUUUGAUGUUUGCCAUUUUUUGUUGACCUUGAAGCAUAAAUUGGCACCUAAGAUGGAACUUCUCUGCAGGUGAAGUGCAGAUGCAAAUAUGUGCUUGAAGCUGUGGUGCAGGUUAAAACGUAACCCAUCCGAUUUCCAACCCAUUUUUUCAGAGUAAAAAAAAAAAAAA